GUCUUUGUUGAUUCCAGAAUGUCAAGGAGAAGCUCCGGGACUCGAACCCUGCGGCGAGUCAUCGAGGUGCAGCUGGCGUCGGCAGCUGCGGACAUCUUCCGCCUGCUGACGGAGUCUCAGGUGCCUGACGCGGAGGAGCUGAAAAGGGGCGUGACAGAGCGCAUCGCCGCCGCCGUGGAACGAAUCUUCGCCGUGUUCGAGACCACCUCGGCCGGGGAAAAGAAACCGGAAGCGGUCGGUGAGAUUCCGAAGGCUGCAAAUAAAGAGUUGAAUCAUCCACCUGGCCCAUCGUCCAACUCACAGGAAGUGCCAAACAAAACAACUGAGGAAGAUGCAGGCACAAAUUCAAAGAGCUGCAGGGUUUGUGACAAGUCUUUCAACAGGCGAGGCUUCCUCAUGAAACAUGUGGAGAAACAUCUGGACGGCGCAGAGUUUAAGUGCGGUUUGUGCGGCCAUCUUCUGGAGUCCAGCUCGGACCUCAAGCUCCACCUCCAGGUUCACAGGGAGCAUGGCCGAACCUGCGACGUCUGCGGGAAGAAGUUCUCAUCCAUCUGUGCGUGUGAAAUGCACAGACAGCGACACACUGGUGAGAAGGUGCAGAGCGCCAGCAUCAAGACAAAGCAAGCUGCCAUUCACAGCUGCAGCAUCUGCAGCAGUGACUUCAGUGACAAAGAGGCUUUUCUCAGACAUGCUGAGACGCACGAUAAAGAAGCGUGUUGUGGUGUGUGCAGCACACCGCUGGACUCGAAUGAAACUCUCAAAGACCAUAUACAGAAGCACAGGGAUGCAGAGAAGCUGUUUGCGUGCUCUGAAUGUGGCAAAUCCUUCCCUAGAAAAAGCUCCCUGGAACGCCACGCGAGGCUCCAUGCUGGCGAACGGCCGUAUAUCUGUGAAUUUUGUGGGAAAACCUUCUCUGAAAAUGCAGUCCUAAAGCGGCAUGCGAGAUGUCACACCGGUGGGCGGCCGCGGAAUUACGCCUGCGAUGUUUGUGGGAAGAACUUCACGAUGAGUCAGCAUCUGAAUGUGCACAGGCGCAUCCACACGGGGGAAAAACCGUUCAGCUGCCGCGUGUGUGGGAAGAACUUUCGACAGGUGGGGAACCUGGACUCGCACAUGCGCAUCCACACAGGCGAAAAGCCCUUCAUCUGCAGCCUCUGCGGGAAAAGAUUCCGCCAGAAGAUCUCGCUGGAAACGCACGAACGCUUUCACAAGAAGGAGACGGCGUUUGGCUGCACGCUGUGUGGGAAGCGCUUCGUGCAGAAGGUGGAUCUACAGCGCCACACGAUGACACACACGGGUGAAAAACCACACGGCUGCCGCAUCUGUGGGAAGAGGUACCAGGAGAAGCGCUCCCUGGAAGCACAUCAGAAGGUUCAUGCAAAGGAGGGGGAGAUGCCAAAGCCCCAGGACCAGACAAACCUUCUGCAACUUUAACACCUGCUCCCUUGACUCCACUGUAUGUUUGGAAUUUUUAGGAAGUACAUGCAGUGACUGAUGAUUUUGUGUGAAAAUAUUCAGUCAUAUAUCACUUUCAGAGCUCCUGAAAUGGACAGAGUAGGACUGAAUAAAAAAGUGCAAAUGUG